UUAGAUUUAAAAUUUAAGUGCUUGUUUUUGUUUGUACGUCGUACCAGAUCUAACCAUAUUGUUUUCAGCCGUAGAUAGCUUUGUUUUCGUUCGUUAAACGUUUUUUGCUGGUGCACCGGUCGGGUUACCGGUAUUUGUUUUGUUUUUACAAGUUGGAGUUAAUCUAACAAAAUGUCUAUCGUUGUUCCAGCACCAGAUAUGACAGGCAUGGAGGUGAAAGACCUUAACAAGUGUAAGACUGGUCAUGCAUUUGAAGUAAUAUUGAAGCAGCCAGGAGGAAGUGCUGCUGCAAGUCCAUUGAAGGCACUUUCUCCCAACAAGAAGCGAGAUGUAUCUUUGGAUGACAUCAGAGGGAGGUUACUUGCUGCUGAAGAAAGGAGGAAGUCCCAACAAUUUGCUGUUAUAAACCAAGCAAAAUCAGAAGAAGAAAAGGUUCUAAAAGUAAAACAGAAAAAACAGGAGGCCGAUGAAAAUUUUGUUCAUGCGGUAGAAGAACAUCUCAAAGCAAAAUGGGAAUUAUACGAGGAAAAUCAUCUUUCAAAAAUCAGAUCCAAAGUGGAAAAAUUCAAGGAAUUGAAUGAGAAACCCGAAUUGCUGCGUGAAAAAGUGAAACGGGAGGUUGAGGAAAUGUGCAAUCAGCUUGAAGAAACUCUGCAACAAAAGAUGGAACAAAGUGCAAAGAGUAGAGAGGAACAGAUAAAACAGAGGAAAGAAAAAAUUAAGGAAAAGGAAAAUCAUGCUGAGAAGGUGAGACAAAACAAGCUCAUCCACCAAGAUGGCUCUGGUGAACCUGCUGAAGCUGUUCCAUGCAAGUGAAACCACUUAGUAAUCCACCGUUGGUCUUCAUUAUAUUAAGCCUCUUCUUGGUUCACAUAUGUGCUAUAUGUUUCGCAUUUCUUACUGUGCCGUGUGUAAUUGACGCCAUACUAAUGACGUCGUCAUUUUGUAGUGACGUCAUAACUGAUGACGUCAUGCUCAUUUCAAAACAAAGGGUAUGUAGAUACAAAAUCUUUUCUUGGAUUGUAAAUUUCUGAUGCUUUGUGUGUGUUUUUCUCAAUGUACUCCGCCAUUGUACGUACUAGACGUUAAAUUUUUGUACCGGAAUAUUAUCCAUAAUAUGUUACAAA